AUAUCAUACUUUGGCAUACUGCAACAAUCCAAUCUGUAACACAGGGAGAGAGAGAGAGAGAGGGAGGGAGGGGAGAGAAGAUUAAUGGCAGCGAAUCAAGUGAUCAAUGUGGCAGCAAUCUCCGGCUCCCUUCGCAAGGCCUCCUUCAAUCACGGUCUCAUCCGAAGCGCAAUCGAGCUCUGCAACGAGUCUAUUGAAUUGGAAGGUCUGCAGAUCGAGCAUGUGGACAUCUCUCUGCUUCCUCUACUCAACACGGACCUCGAGUUCAACGGCACUUACCCUCCCGCCAUCGACUCCUUUCGCCGCAAGAUCCUCGGAGCUGACAGCAUCCUCUUUGCUUCCCCUGAGUACAAUUACUCUUUUUCCGCCCCUCUGAAGAAUGCAAUUGACUGGGCAUCUCGGCCCCCAAAUGUUUUUGCCGAUAAGCCAGCAGCCAUUGUGAGUGCUGGGGGAGGCUUUGGAGGUGGAAGAUCUCAGUAUCAUCUGCGCCAGAUUGGAGUUUUCCUGGAUCUUCAUUUCAUCAACAAACCUGAACUUUUUGUUCAGGCAUUCCAACCUCCUAGGAAAUUUGAUGAUGAAGGAAAUCUCAUUGAUCCUGAAAUAAAGGAGAAGUUGAAGCAGGUACUCUUAUCAUUGCAGGGUUUUACCCUCAGACUCCAGAACAAAAUUUAACUAUAUUUACAUAUUCUUGUUCUGUCUUUUAAGGUCUUCUCACUUGCUGAAUUGCCUUAUAAAUUUGAACGUUACUGUGCUUUGGAUAUUACUUCCUUCUAUAGUAUUUACUCUUUUGAUUAA